CACUAUCGACAAAACAACCACGUAUACGCCCAUCGAGCACAGUUUCAAAGUUUUCCCAAGGGCCUCGCCAACGUGUAGCCCACCGCCGCCGUCUCCCUCUCGACUCACCAGCCUCAACUUCAGCUGCGAGCUGCGAGCCGCACCAGCAGUUUCAGCCGGCGCUCCGUUUCCACCGGCAGCAGCCGCCGCGGAGCCCGUCGCGACCAGGUCCGGUUGGCCAACCCGUUUGGCCAUGUCUUCUUGUUGCGCUGCGAGCGCUGUAGGGCCCGCGAUGCAGCAGCAGGGCGGUGGAAGCAUGCCGCGCACGACCUCGUGUGUGACAGGCUGGCUCCCAGUCGGCUGCUCGCCAGCUUCCCAGGCAACCUUUCCCCGAAGUCUGCGACACUCAGCUUCGGCCCUCUCCGUCUUCGCCGCGUGCUGCAGCAGCAACGAUAGCGGCGGCACCGUGCUACUGAACGGCAAGGGAAGCGGAGUGACAGCCAUCGCGGCGAUUUGCCUGAGCCCGCGGCCCGCGGCAGAGCGCAGCAGCCGCGGCGGCGCCCUUAAGCUCCCGCAGCAGGAGCCGCCGCCGCCGCUUCGCGCCGCAGGCAGCAGUAAAGACCCGGUGUCCUGCUUCGCGACGCCCGGUGCGGCCGUAGCAGCGGCGGAGGCAGCAGGUCUGGCAGGUCCAGCGGCGGCCGCUGCCGCCGUCAAGCCCGCCCCGUGGGCUGCUACUGCUGCUACUGCGGCCGGUGGCGGUACUACUGGCCGGCGCGACGACGCGUUUGACGAUGACCCUGGCGCAGUCUCGUCGCCCUUCUCCUCCGCAGCCCUGCAGCAGCAGCUGUCGGAGGCGAUGCAUGCGGGCACCAGCCUGCGCUGGUCCGUGUCCGCACUGCAGGUGCCGCUGCCGCCGCCACUGCCAGCAGCCCAGCAGCCACAGCCUGGCACAGCCGCGCCGGCGUCCACAGCGUCGGCGCCCGUCCCGCGCGCCCGCUCCCUGUCCUCCAAGCCCACCGCCGUCAGCGGCAGCAAGCGCACGCUGUCUGGCACGCCCUACUCGGCUGCAGCCGCAGCGAUGGCCUUCGUGCUGCAUAGCCAGGGCGGUUCCGGCGGCACGGUGGUCACGGCGGCGGCGGCUGUGCCGGCCAGGGGCGCGGCGGCUUGGGAGCCGUCGGGUUCAGUAGGCGGCCGGCGGCAGCAGUCGCGACCUCUGCUACGGCGUGUGCGGCGUGUGGUGCGGGACCUGUGCCGCAUGGCGUCCGAAGCGGCGGCCGCCCUGCAGCAGCAACAGCAGCAGAAAAUGUAAGAUUGGAGGUUAUGGCAUGCGCAUCGACAUGGGUUCGAGUCAAAGGAGUGGCAGGAACAGACGCAUGGCAACUUAGUGCAGUUGGUGCCCCAGUGUGAUGCACGGGCGUGGCACUUGUACACAAGUGGGUCGGGCGCACUGUAUGCGUUUCGUAUUCGCAGCGCGGUGUACGAUAGAGUUAAUGCACAGAGCACUUACCGGGUACCGACCAACGGUUGUGGCGCCACGCGCUGCAGCCGGAAGUGUUGUAGGACGUGCUGCGAGAUGCGGGCCCGGGCGCCGAUGCGGGCCCUGCCUGUUGGCGCAUGCUCGCGCGAAGCGAAUGGCUACAGGGCGUUAGGCCCAGACCCCGGGGUCCAUUUUGCAUGGUCACCGAGCAACUGAACAUGCGCAUGCCGUCAUUGUGCAGCGUGUGGUGCCAUGCUAUGGUAUGUUGGGUGUAAGGGUGAGACGGAAUGAACUGGGUCAGCGGCAGGAGUGUGCUUGCCUGCAUGCUGAUGCGCAAGCCCCGCCACGCAGGCCCUUGCUUAUGACAUAGGAGUGUUCGCAUGUAUGUUGACAUUGACAGCCAUUGCGACGGUGGGAUAGUGUAUACAUAUUCAUAUGUAUGCAGUGUUUGUGAUAUCGUACUUGACACGCAUUUGUGAGGCGCGCCGGCAGGACACGGGCACAUCCGCUCCCACAGCGUCCCAGACUGGCAGGCCCUCGAUUGGUUAGGUACUGACAUUUGGAGUGCCAAAAUGUCGUCGCCUUCAUACUAGUCGUGAACAAUAGCGCACGACAAUAGCGUGACGUGCGGAAUUCUUUCACCUUCAUACGUGGGUUCACCGGAUUUCAGUCAGGAUUGGGUCUGCUGGGGGCAUUUGGACCCGCACGCGUGAUUGAGUGUGGAUCAGUGGAUGCCGCUGUAGGGAUGGCGAAACAUUUCCAUUAGGGGGAAGAAAAGUCCACGGAGGGUACGCAUGACCCUGCGUGCGUUGCCAAGGUAUGCUGCACGUACGCUGAGCCUGCACGGGGGAAGUAGACUUUUGCUGAUUGAAUGCACAUAGGCAGGCAAGCGAACGAAGGCCCAAGCAGGCGCAUGUAAGCCGACGCUGUC